AUGGCUGCUGUCCAUGGUGGACAGCAUCCUGUAGCGCCUCCUCUAUAUCCUUCACCACAGUAUCGAACAGAAUCUCCUAGGCGUUCAUGGAUGACUACAGGGACCCCUGCCAUGGCCCAGCAACCCCGGUGGACAAUCGACGAUGAUAGGCGGCCACGCUCAACCUCUGGUGCUGCAGUCGUUCAGCAGGAACGAGACCCUGCUCAUACCUCACGAUAUAUGCGAUAUACCCACCCUAACCUAGAACAGCCCCAUGCCGACAGAACCCAUUCGACAGGACAGAAACCUUCUCAAGUCAGUGAUUCUGGCUAUGGCGGGUCAAUCUUUAGCGAUCCGAUUUCCUUCAACCGAUCCAGGGUGCCACCAGCGGAUUACCAGGAAGCGCGCACCCAAUCUACACCGUACCCUAUAACACAACAUGACCGGAGACCCUCGCGGCAGACAGAGCGGGAGUCGUUGGCUGAAACACUUCUAGAUUCUGACUAUGGGUAUCAAGAAGCUAAUGAUCCCAAAUAUCAUUGGAAGGGAAAGGAAGCGACAUACUAUAGAGAUGACGAUGAAGAAACACUCGUCCCUCCACAGCUUUAUCCCCCAGCCCCGUCUGAGCUUGUGCCUGUCAUGGCCCAUCCUCGUCCGGCACCCGACUACCUAGGUCAGCGACCACCCACACCCUCCUCUUCGAACCCAUCCAUACGCACGUACAUCUCGAGAUUCAAGCGGUUUGUCGACAAGGUUCGAGAAUUGCCGUGGAUGGAUCCCGAGCGCGUUACGGUCGACUAUUAUCCAGGUACUGGGAAGCACUCCGCUAGGCACCUCAAGCAUCGGCCGUUGUUGGUGUGGAGGAAUCCGCAAUAUUACCCCAGCGGAUACCAUUCCGAGAGCGAUACGGCGAGUCAGAGGACGUCGUCGUCGUCGUAUGUGGAUGCGACGGCUCUCCCACAGACUGGGAAUCGGGCCUCAUUGGACUUGAGGGAUGAGUUUGACGAUGUUCAUCCCCCGAGGCGUUCCGUCGCGGCUGACCCUGCCCGUGAGCCCGAUGGAGCGCGCACCGCUGUUGCAUGGAAUUGGGAUGCGCAAAGUUCUGCUCCUUCCGUUCCGACUGCCCCUCCGGCAACAGCGCAGUGGAGCACGCUUCGGCACUCUGGUCCCCAGCCGGUGGUCGUUGUAAUGGGCGACGGGGGUGUACCGGUCAUAUAUCAGCCUCAGAGGUACUCUGUACCACCUAUGGCCGUUUCAGAAGCGACGACUGCUCGAACAGAAGGAGGGGGAGGAUAUAGGUUUCCAAAUGGAUACGUACCGUAUCACGAGCAGCAUGUGGGUCUUCAGUAUGGUCAACCCAUUCAUAGAUAACGGAAUCACGGUUUAUAGACGGAGAAGUAGUGCUAUUACAAUUGUACGUGUACACUUUACGACCGCUUGGAAUAUGAUUGAUUUCCUA